AAGUUAUAAAUUGAAUUUCGUAGAACCCCGGAAGAAAAAAUAAAAUUAUCCGGUCAUUGUAACUUGAAAUUAAAACUAAUAAUUCAAUUCGGCGGUGUAGUACUACAGAUUCAAAGCCAGUUGAAUAAUACAAUAAAUUUAUAAUUGAGAUAAAUUAUUUAACAAAUAAAAUGUACAGUACUAAUAAUAGUAACAAUAAUAGUAAGAGUCUUAAGAUCCCAUGGUACACAUAGUAAAUUGAUAAGGUGCCGAUAUAUAAAGAGACAUCAAACAAAUUUAAUUAAUAUAAAGAUAGACGCGUAUUAAAUCCCAGUCAGUAUCAGUACGUUGACAGUGACUGUUGCGGAUCACAUUUGUAUUUAUUUUAAAUUCAAAGCUACACUUAAAAUUGUUAAAAAAAAAAUAAAUUUUUCUGUUGAUAUUUAUUUUCUUAAAUAAUUUAUUUUAUUACUUUAUCAUAUUGUUGAGUCAUUGAGUCAUUGAUUCAUAUCGCUCAUUUUUAUUCUAAUGAUACUUUAUUUUAUUAUUGUAUUAAGUCUUACUUGUUGCUUCUCGGCCUGCAGCCAAAAACUCAAUCAAAAUUAAUAACGCAGUUAGUUAUAUAAAUAUUAUUAUUAUUAUUUAUAUUUAUAAGCUUCUUUGUUAACAAUUUGUUGCGCAUUUAAAUAUUAUUUUAAUCAUUGUGGUGUUAAUUAUUUUUUUAAGUGUAAGUGAUAAUGUCAAGAAUUCCUCUUAAGUUGGAUAUUUACGAUGAAGAUACGAGACCGCGUGACUGGGACCCGAAGAAAACAGAGUGUCGCGGUCCCUUGAAAAUUGCGCGGUUGUGUAUUCUGGGCAUUAUUUUACCCGCGGUUUUGGUCGCGGGCCCGGUUUAUCUGCGCUAUCGCGUCUAUUCGGAACAAUUGUACCCGCUGGCGGCUUCGGAUCAACGGCUGAUCGAUGCACGUGUUUCGACUACUUGGUGCCAGAAACAAGUGGUUAAAGUAAAUGCAACAUUUAAUGCAUAUUUGAUUAAUGGUGAACCCAAGAUUAAAGUUGACGCGAUUCCAGUUUCUAUGACAAGACACUUGGUGUUGGAAGAUGAUAUGAAAGAAUACUGGGGAUUUUAUCUUUUACGUGGGAGCAGUGUUACUGUUUCUACUUGUGUAAGAUGGCCCGGAGCAUCAUUAACAAUAAUCCGUGGCCAUAAACAUUUACACGAGUGUGCAUUUAUCGGUGAUGAUAGUAGUGAGGAGUUAGAAGAAUUAAUAGAGAUAGCCGAGGAACGAGGAAUCUUAAACGGUACCGGCUUAUCGCAGCUCAAAAAGGACAAUCCAAGUAAUCUUCCAAAAAACAUGAAGCGAGUCCAGCCGGGUGUUCGAUUCCACCACCAGAAGAACACCGGGUUCAGUGAAACAAAUCUCGCGAACCAUUACAACAGCCACGAGCUCGACGCUCCAGCAAUGCGGGAAAUUUUGAAAAAUCUCUUCGCGAAAACUUUGGAGACGAAAAACAAGCAAAAGUCUAACCCUCAUCAUCAUUACGAGGGUGUUUUCAGAGACAGUGUAAAUAUUAACCGGCCGCCGACUACUUUCGACAAUUACUCAUGGAUUUCCGAGCAAUUGAAGGCUCUGGAGCAAAAAACCGAGCAGACAAUUAUUGAAAAUGAAAAAACUACGUCUGAAUACAAAGAAACUAAUUUUCCUGAAAAAGAAGAAAUGAAUCAAGUGAAAGCGAAUGAAAAUUUGGAGCAAACUUCUGCGGAAGUGUUUAAAGAUAUUCUUCAGAAGAUAAACUCUCUAGGAACUCGCGGAAGAAGAGUAAUAAACAAAUUAAUUACGACUUUGGACGAGUCAAAGAAUAAAACUCACGAUUGGACGAAAAUGCUGCACAAUGUAAUUCAAAAUUCUACUAUUUUUCCCGCGGAAAAGAAGCGACUGAAGCGCCAACUGUUCCUCUCGAAUCCUCUGCAAGAAGCUUUGGGAACCGCCGUUGAAGACGACGAGGACGCUGCGGUCGAAGAAGAAGACCUUAACCCUGACGGAAUCGCAGAAGAUCGCGGUUCCGUUAAUGAGUCUACGCUAAACGAUCGCAGUAAUUCGGAGUUCUGGAGCUCUUUUAGCAGCUCCGAGGAACGUCUUCUCGAUUGCAAGGGACUGAUUUUGAACUUACCGUUGACGCCGCAUCAUCUAUGCUCGCCGAAGUACGAGAACCAACACUCAGCGGCCUCUAUGCCCAAUGCUGUUACUUAUCGGGUGCCGAUUAACGGCUAUUACUUCUUUGUCUUCAGUUCCGAGAAUGAAAUACAGCCUAAUUAUAUUCGCAUACAAUUCGACUUGCUGAAGACUGUCUACAAUACUUCCCAGCCGAUUUUUGAGUGCAAGAAUUCAACGAGCGAGUGCUCGCUGCCGUUCAAUUUCUUCAGUUGGGAGCGAACUGUUUUGGAACUACCGGUCACGAACAAUGACUCGCAGUGGAACGAAGAAUAUGUUGUCGUGUCACAAUGUGAGCCGAGAACGGCCGUUUAUCUUCUUUGUAUUAUUACAGUCCCGUUACUUAUUUUGUUAUUUGCAUUUCAUUAAUUUUAAUUGCUCAUUAACAGAAGAGGGUUAUGUUUUUGGUUUAUUAUGUAUAUAGUUAGGUUAAUUAAGAGAAUUAAGGAUUUAUUUAUAAACUAGAAUUCAAAUUUGCGCGCGCCUAACUGUAGAGUUUGCAUAUAUUUUCAUGCUUAUGAUAUAUUUGACCAAUCACGUUACGAAUAGUUUGCAACACAUAUUUUUCAUGUUAUUAAUUUUAUUACAAGAGAUUGGCUUGUUUCAGAAGAAAUUCACAUAAAAUUCAUUAAAAAUUGUUGAUAUAUAUUGCACGGCUCAUGAUGCGAAGCAUCAGAGAGUGCUUUACGAUCGA